GUGGAUUAAAUCUUUUUCCAUAUGGCAUCGGAAUAACAUUGAUCAACAAGAGUGAAUUUCUGCAUCAUUACCUGUAUUGAAUGUACACAUGCAUUCUGAUGGACUUCUAUGGGCAUGCAUGAGGAUCUUAUUAACAUGGUAUUUGUGUAAGCAUUGAUGGCGUCAGCAAAGUGGUUUCCAACAGUUUUAGCACUAACUUCUUAUGGGUCCUUGUGCCGUUGACAUAGCGUGUUGUUAACGUUAGUGGAACAAUUGGCUUAUUGGACUGCAAAGCACCAGAAACCAUUUGGAGAUAUUGUUCUCAGGUGUGCUGGACAGUUGGAAUUAGAUUCUGGAUCUUGGAUCUUCUGUUCUUGCUAUGCCUUCUGUUAUACGAGGAGAUGCUUCCUGAAUGUGGCUGAGCCUGCAGCUACCGGAAUAUGCCUCAGGGGGGCUGUCCUGCCAACGCCACGGACCGCGUGAGGGAGCCACCCACCACCGGCCCAGGGAGGCAUGGUUACAACCUUCAAGAUCGCUGUGCUCGGAGCCCAGGGGGUGGGAAAGACAGCCAUUGUGCGGCAGUUCAUGUACAACGAAUUCAACGAAGCCUGUGUCCCUACAAACGCUCGCCGUGUCUUCCUGCCUGCUGUUGUCAUGAAUGGCCAUGUCCACGAAUUGCAGAUCAUGGACUUUCCUCCUAUAACCUCUUUCCCAGUCAACACCCUACAGGAGUGGGCAGAUUCAUGUUGCCGGGGGCUCAGAAGUGCACAUGCCUACAUACUGGUUUAUGACAUCUGCUGCUUUGACAGCUUUGAAUAUAUUAAGACCCUGAGGCAGCAGAUCUUGGAAACAAGAGUAAUUGGUACCACUGAAACCCCCAUCAUUAUAGUGGGUAACAAACGGGACCUUCAGAGAGGCCGUGUCUUCCCUCGCUGGAAUGUUUCCCAUCUGGUAAAGAAAACUUGGAAAUGUGGCUACAUUGAAUGCUCAGCCAAGUAUAACUGGCAUAUACUGCUGCUCUUCAGUGAACUACUCAAGAGUGUGGGCUGCGCGCGAUGCAAGCACGUGCAUGCUGCAAUACGCUUCCAAGGAGCACUGCGCCGCAACCGAUGCUCUAUUAUGUGAAGAUACAUAGGGCUGUCUUAUUUGAGAAGCCAUCAAACAUUAUUGGCUUGGUAAGCUUAGGAGCCUCUUCCAGUCCUAAAAAAGGCAAUUGGAUAUCCGAGAAUGUGUCCCAAAGCUGCAUUCUAGUUGGUGGAUUUGAAGAACAAUUUAAGUGAGGUAUAAGUUUGAUGUGGCAGUUACCUGCUCCUUCUGAUCCAUGUCAUUUCUGUGCCGAACUGAAUCUUUUUCCUUGCAGCACAGUAACAGCCUAAAUAUGGAACACCAGAGGUGCUGAUCCAUAAAUUGAAAUUCUCUGAUAUAUUUUCCUGGGCUUAAGAACUCUUGUUGAUAAAGAAGUAGCUUGUGUUACACAGGACACAGCGAUAUACAACAAACUUAAUGUCGGUCAAGAUAAAUGCAGUAUUACACUAAAUCUCUCAGGCAGAUGGACCCGCGAUGUCACUUCCCAUAACAAUGGGUCACCAUCUUGUUAUUAUUAGCUUUGGCUACGUUCAGUCUCACUCUCCCUGUAUUCGUUUCUGUAGAUGUAUCAAAAUGUAAGUAGCCCAACAAGUGCCCACAGUACAUUUUCAUUUUUCCUUCUGUACUUCAAACACACUGGGCUUUCCACCCUUCAGUUACUGACCUAGCAUUUUUUUGCCAGAAGUUAUUUUAGUCCUAUAUACCAAGUAGAUACCACGUAGAAACUAAUAUGUCCACUUCAGCAAGAGAGGCCCACUUGGAAACCCCUUUUGAAUUUCUGCCUCUGUAUAUUUUGUUUGGGAGCCAUAGAUAAGAUUGCAAUUGAAAGCUCAUGUGCCAAGGAGGGCAGAGAAUAAUAUAUGUGUAUUUAUAACUGUGGAGUUUUUUAUAAAUCUAGUUUCCCAUUAAAUGUCCUUUUGGAGGUCUCUUUGUAACAGCAAAAACUCAAUAAUUUGUGACGGCUUCUGAAAUCAUUGUUUGUAUGAUUAGUUCUGUGGAAUGUUCAGCUCAUGUUUUGCUGUUUUCUCCUUUAUUUGUUCUUCUGUUGAUACCAGGCAUGAUAAGCCUUUGGAACUGCAGCUGUUACACAACUAUUCUUCCCAAAAUCCCCUUCCCCCGAGGAGUAGUUCUACAACAGUUGGAGCACCUAAGGUUUUCUGUGUCUAGCCUAUACUCAAUAACGAUCAUGCCAGUGAAGAAUUUUUAUAAAAGGGUCACUGUGAUUGGUCUGGCAUCAUCUGCACAUUGGGAAUUCAAUAGGGAGUUGUUAUUCAUGUAAACUAGUUAUGUUGUUAUUCCUAAAAUUAAAAUAGAUGACCAUUCAUAUAACCUUCAGUCUCUUCGAUGUGGCCACAAAAGUAACAUUGCUUUAAAAUAAUAUGUAAUACAUUUCUGUUUGUUUGCCAUAGACAAUGUUAUAUCUUUUUAUUUGUGGAAAACUGAUUUCUUUUCUUACUGCUCUUUCAGCACCAAAGGGAACUUUUCUGCUUAAUAAAAAGAUAAAACUUU